AUGGAAUCUACACUGCGAGGAAAAUUACUCGGAUUUCGGCAGAUCGCACAGGAAAAACUGGCCCAUGUAUUCUAUUCCAUUCCCUCCGAAAAGGAUCUCAUUAUCGAACAGUCGCUCAUCAAACCGUUGGAACACGUUUGCGGUGCAUCAUGGUUAAGGAAAAAGGGUAUUGACAAAAUCUUCAAGUUCGACCCGAAGAAUCCACCACCCAAGCGGAAGCAGUUCGUUUACUUCAUCGACUCGAGUUUGCUCACGUUUAAGAGCGUACUGGACCAGAUCGGGGGCUACCAGAGUCAAACGAGCAGCUUGAUGGAACCGGACAUACGCAACAAACAGUACCACGUGCUUGUGUUCCCUUCCGUACUGGCCAGCUUCGAGGCCCUACUUGAGGAAGAGGGUCUUCACGGGAUCGUAGAGUUGUACAACUUCCAGUGGGAUUUUUUGCUCCUCGACGAUUCGAUCCUCAGCCUCGAGCUGCCGACCGUGUUUGCGAACGUGUUCGUGCGCCACGAUACGACCCUGCUCGGCUCGAUCGCACAAAGCAUGCGCAUCUUCAAUCUGGUAAUGGGUAAACUGCCGCUCAUCUUUAGUAUUGGCGAAAAUGCCGAGAAAGUACUUCAGAUGGUGCAACGGAUAGAGACAGGUGUUGGCAAAUCUGUGCCCAAUUCCGUUACGCCGGUGGAAAAGGAACCAGAAUUCGCCGCGAUGCUGAUCAUCGACCGUGAUCGGGACUAUCCAGCGUGUUUGCUGACUCCCGUCGUGUACAGCGGGCUGUUGCUCGAAAUUCAAACGCUCCACUCGGGGUCACUAGUGGUGGACGGUGACACUAACAAGAUCAAAUCCGGCAAACUGGCCAUCCUGCAGCAAGACUCGGAACCACAGGCCGCCACAAAGCAGGAAGUGGCGGCCCUGCGCAUGAGCGGUGCCCAGGAUGCCAUCUAUCUCGAGCACAAGUAUCGACAUUUUUCCGAAGUGAUCAGUCUGCUGAGCGCCCAAGCGAAAACACUCGGCCUCGAAGGGAAAGCGUACUCGCGCGAGAUGAAGCUAAGCGAAAUGAAGGACUACGUCACGAACAAACUGCCGAAGGUGGCCGCGGCAAAGAAGGAACUGUUCAAACACUUGCGCCUCUGCGAGACGAUCGUGGAGGAGAUUGGAGGCACCUUCGAGAAGCACCAGAUGAUCGAGGAAAGCAUCCUGACGAACACGAACCGAAAGCAGAUCAUGAACUACAUCAUGGAGCUUCUGAGCAGCGAUGCUCAUCGCUACAACACGCUACGGCUAAUCUGUCUGUACCACGUCACCAUCGGUUUGACGGCCGAGGACAUGACGCGGCUGAUGACCGGGUAUCUGAACGCUUUCGGACACGGCCACCUAACGGUGUUCCAUCAGCUCUAUCUCGCAAAACUGUUUCCAGACACGACCACGCUCACCAAGGGCAAAAUUCUGUCGCAGAUAUCGAUUCCCACACUGAAGUCUCCAUUCCAACUCGAAGCUAACAAACUGAAACAGCUUCCGACGGACACGAUCGAGGCGACGGGUGGCACGACCACCCCCACUACCGAAGCAGUCGGCCUGGUCGGUGGUGCUUCGGGAGGCGUUACACCAAAGGCAGGUGCAAAAGCAUGUCCAAGUUACGUGUUCAAUGGGAACUACAUUCCGCUGGUGGCGCAGCUCACGAACAUGAUCUUCGGUGCUUCCAGCUUCGACAAUCUCAACUCCAAACUGGGCCAUCUGGAGCGGCUUAAGGUGUCCGGCCGUGCGCUGAAUGGUGUGCCAGAACCGCGCACAAUCAAAGAAUUGGCCGCCAGCAGUCACAAAGCAGCGUUGAAUCAGUUGCUUCCGUUUAAGGAGAAAACAAUGUUUGUGUUUGUCGUUGGUGGCCUUACUUACGCGGAAAUUGCUGCCUGCCACCUGCUGGAGCGCACGAGUGGAGCGAAAAUUGUCCUCUGUUCCGAUCAGAUCAUCGCCGGCCAUGAUUUGAUCCAGAGUGUGGUUCAUUGUUGA